GAUGUCUUAGCGAAGCCGGUUUGAUAUCUGAUCCAGUUCUAAAAUAAAAACAAUGGCAAACCCUUCAUAUCCGUAGGCAGACAAUCGAAGAGGAAGCAUGAGAGAGUUUGAGUUUGAAAAAUCAGAAUAAAUACAUCACCCAAUCUCAACGGUUUCUUGGAUAAACCAGCUGAUUUUUUGUUUUCAUUUGGUGCCUUUUUGUCUAUAUGUAUGGAGAAUCUUCCUGUUGAAGUUAUAGGAACCAUUUUAUCUCGCAUUAGUGCUGCUCGAGAUGUAGUCGUUGCUUCCACCACUUGCAAGAAAUGGCGCGAGGCUUGUCGUUUGCACAUCCAUACUCUUGCUUUUCAUUCUUAUGAUUGGUCUGGUUACCAUGAGCUUAGCACUAGUAAAUUGGAAAAUCUCAUAACUCAAACCAUAUUCCAAACGACUUGCUUACGGAGUUUGUCGGUUUUGAUAGAGUCUGACGAAGCUGAUGAAUUCUCGGCUGCUUCUCUCAUUGCUUGGCUUAUGUAUACUAGGAAGUCGCUCCGUGUGUUGUAUUACAACAUGAAGACCAAUCCAACUAUCAAUAUCAUUAAAGAAUGCAGCCUCCUUAAGUUGGAAGUUCUGGCAUUAGCUUAUAAUUCUAUCUCAGGUGUUGAUCCUAGUUAUCAGAAAUUUCCUUGUUUGAUUUCACUUUCUCUCAAAAAUGUUAGUAUUUCAGCUUUGGAUUUGAACCUUUUGCUGACUGCUUGUCCUAAACUCGAGGCCUUAAACCUUGUCAGUCCUGUGAUUGCCAUGUCUGAAUCGCAGAUAAUUAUGGAACUGAAAUGUUUCUCGUUGAAGUGUAUUUAUGUUGAAGCAAUUGGUUGUGACAAGUUUAGACUGGAAGCUGAUAGUCUUGAGGAAUUGUCUCUAAAGGAUUGUACUCUCGAGCAUUUUGAGCUUAUUGGCCAGGGGUCUUUGCGAGUUUUGAAGAUGGCUGAUGUUAGUAGCUUCCAUUUUGAUUUCGGAGAGAACACAUUAAAUCUGGUGGAUGUCGAUAUUAGUAACUUCACCAGUGCCUGGCUUAUUUUCUACAAAAUGAUCUCGAAAUCAUCAAAAAUCACGAGGCUUCGCUUGUGGGAUAUAGAAUUGGAUGAUGAUGGUGAUUUUCUAGAUUGGGACUCUAUGUUUGCUUGCUUUCCUCAGUUAACGCAUCUAUCGAUGAAUUAUUCUUUAGUAGAUGAUGUGUGCUGUUACGGAUUGUAUGGUUCAUAUCAGUUCGACAAUGUCGUCACAUUAGAGUUGGGAUGGACAGGAAUCGAUGAUAUGUUUACAGACUGGGUAACCGGGGUUCUUGCUAGGUGCCCCCGUUUGAGGAAAUUGGUCAUAUAUGGGUUUAUGUCAGAUUCCAAAACUCGAGGAGAGUGCCGUACUUUGGCUGUCUUCUCCUCGGCCAUUGUUCGGCUAAUGAGAAAGUAUGUGAAUGUUGAUAUUGAGUUUGAAUACCAAUAGAAAUUGAUUUUGCACUGAAAUUUCUGUGCUGCUAAAUGAAAAGUUUUGCGAAUUUUCAAAGUUUA